GACGCAGAACCACAGGGGAAGAGGGAGAUAAUGACAAUAACCCCAAUAACCCCCGUCACCCGGCUGCUGCCCGCGCCGCCGCGAGGAGCCGAGCGCUGACGGGGAUAAGCCGGACGGCGAGAGGAGACCUCGGCGUCUCCCGGAGCGUCGCCGGACGGGAGCGGCGGAGCGCCCCGAGGAGCGCCGGGCACCACCGGGGGCGGCGGAGAGGAGAGGCUCCGGUCCGACCCCAUGGAGCCGGCGGCGUGACGAGGCGGGGGAGCCCCUCGCUUCGGGAGGAGGACGCGGAGGUGGCAGCCGGAGCAGCCGCCGCCGCGGAGCUGUCCAAGCGGGCGCGGGGGCUGAGCCGCCCCUCCCGCCCCCCUCGGGGCCGCGCCGAGGGGCGGGGGUCGCCGGGCCGAGCGGCGGGGCGCGUGGGGGCCGCGCCGCCGCCAUGAAGCUGGAGGUGUUCUCGCAGCACUACGAGGACAAGCUGAGCGCCGGCAGCGAUCAGGAAGGCAGCGGCUCGCUCUCCCCGGCGCCGGCCGACAGCGAGCUGGGAUCCGACGGGGACUGCGCCGCCAACAGCCCGGGCGGCAGCGCCGGCAGCUCCGGGCGGCCCCCGCCGCCGACCCCGGCCCCGCAGCCGCCGCCGCCGCCGCCGGCGCCGACCGAGGGGGGGAAGGGGAAGCCGUACACGCGGCGGCCCAAGCCGCCCUACUCGUACAUCGCGCUGAUCGCCAUGGCCAUCCGCGACUCGGCCGGGGGCCGCCUGACCCUGGCCGAGAUCAACGACUACCUGAUGAGCCGCUUCCCCUUCUUCCGCGGCGCCUACACGGGCUGGCGCAACUCGGUGCGCCACAACCUCUCCCUCAACGACUGCUUCGUCAAGGUGCUGCGCGACCCGGCGCGGCCCUGGGGCAAGGACAACUACUGGAUGCUCAACCCCAGCAGCGAGUACACCUUCGCCGACGGCGUCUUCCGCCGCCGCCGCAAGCGCCUGAGCCGCGCCGCCCCGCCGCCGCCGCCGCCGCCGUCCGCCCGCCCCGCCGCCGCCCCGCAGCCGCCGCCGCCGCAGCCGCCGCAGGAGGCGGCCGGGGCGGGCGCCGCGUCCCCCGCCGCCACCGAGGAGGAGGAGGAGGCGGCGGCGGGCGGCGGCGGAGCGGCGGGCGGCGGCGCCAAGUUCUCCAGCUCCUUCGCCAUCGAGAGCCUCCUCCGGCGGCCGGCCGGGCCCCGCGCCGCCCCGCAGCCCCCGCCGCCCGCCCGCCUCCUGUGGCCCCCGCCCGCCGGCCCGCACCUGCUGCCCGCUCAUCACUACCCGCUGCUCCCCUACGCUCAGCCCUCGCCCCCCGCGGCCGCUCUCUACGGCGGGGGCCUGGUGCAGCUGUGCGCCUACGGGCUGGGCGAGCCGCCGCUGCUGCUGGGCGGCCCCCACGGGCAUCCCCAGGGGCAGCCGCCGGCGGAGCGCCCGCGGGCGCCGCUCUUCGCCGGGGCCGCGUUCCCCGGGGGAUCCCCGCCCUACGUCCCGCUCCGGGCGCCGCGGCCGACGGCGGGGAGCUCGACCCCGUUCCGCCCGUACGCCGUGGAAACCCCCCUGGCGUAACGCAGGAGAGGGGAGGGAGCUCUGGAUCCCGCACUUUAACUCCCAAAGCCUCCCGGCGGACGCCUCGGUGACUGUGCCUUAAAGAAGUGACGGCGGGCAUCGCUUCGAACCAAGCCAAAAAAAAAAAAACAAAAAACAAAACUGCCCUCCGGGACAUAGCCAUGAGCCUCAAGUGCUUCUUACUGUGCGCUGGGACCGCUCCGCUUCUGCCUUCCCCUCUCCGCCCCUCGGGGCUGCGCUGCGCACCGGGAGCGGGCGCGGGGAGGGGGGGCGGUAGGGGGAGAAGGGGCGGGGGCUGCCGCGGGGCCGUAGGUCCGAGCCGCAACGCCGCGCAUCACUGUGCCAAAAAAAAAAAAGAAAAGAAAAACCCUUUCUUUUUUUGUUUUGUUUUCCUCCUGCCCGGCACCCGCCAUCUCGUGGGAAAAGAGGACGUUAAGUUAUUUAUAAAAUGUUUUUCACACGAGGAGAGUGCCGCUUUUUUAAUUAAUUAUUGCCGGGGGGAGGGGGGAGAGGGGUGUAGAAGGGGGCCGUCACCUGCGCUGUACGCCCGAUGCCGAACCCUCUACUGCUUGGAAACGGUGAUUCCUUUGGUCUUUUAUUUUUGUGUUUGUAUAUAAUAGACGUGCGUGUGCCCGGAGCCUCCUCUUCCUUUUUAUUAUUAUUAUUAUUAUGGCGAAGGACAACGGACGUAACCCGGUUGUCAUCUCCGAGAGCGAGGCGAAGGAGGGGGCUCCGGCUGCCGGGUAGGCGAAAUCUCAGCGCCGGGACUCAGUGGGAGCGUUGGCGGUGACAGAACGCAUUCAGCCCUCGGCUGCUCCCAAAGCGCGAUGCGUUCGGGCUGCUCAGCACCGCCACGAGAGAUCGGGGCGGCCUCAGAAAGACGGAGCUGGGAAAAGGAGAGGGUGGGUUUCGGUGCCCGGGGUAAGAAGUGAGGGCUUCCCCCAACUCAGAGCAGUUUUCUUUUUUUAAUGAUGAUUUUCGUUUUUCUUACUUUUUUUUUUUUAAUUAUUUUUUUUUAAGCUCUGAAAUGGUCAUUUGGGGUAGGUCUGCUUGUUCCCAUGAUAGUAAUAAUAAAAAGGAUGAAAAAACGA